UCGGCGAUUCCUCUCCCUCCAAGCCUACCUACCUACCUACUUACCUACUACCUGCACGCAACGUAUACACACGCCUUCACCACCACACGUAAGCGAAGAAAGUACAGUACCUACCGCCCCCAACAGAGAAACGAUCAUCGACGACAGCAAGCUAGACAGCUCAUAGCCAACUCCACUCGUGUACCCACCGACUGGGGCCCGCAACCUAGCUGAGGCCGUCCUACCUUGGCUCUCUUGCUACGGGAACACGUACCGCUCAUACACCGUAUUAAGGAGGACGAGAAGACGCGGCGGGGAACAGAGGUAUCGAGGACGGAAGAAGAGAAAGUAGGAGACGGGAAGGAGGCGGAUACCAACAAGCCGCUGCGCGGAUACGCCUCGACACACGCACACACAUACCCGCGCGCACACCACCCGCAGCAAUGCAUCCCAGUUCGCAACACCACUUCCAUCAGCAGCACUCCUCCGACGCGCAGCCGCCCGUACCGAUAUCAAUAACAAUAUGCGGCGACGGCGGAUGCGGUAAGUCGUCGAUCACCCUGCGCCUUGUCCGGUCGCAAUGGACGUCCGAGUAUGAUCCGACGAUCGAGGACAGCUACAGCAUCACGCGGCGCAUCGACGGCACCACCUACCACCUCUCGCUCACCGACACGGCUGGUCAGGAGGAGUACCGCGGCAUGUGGGCGUCCUCUAAUCUAGGCGCCGACGCCUUCCUCCUCGUCUACGACAUCACGUCGCGCGACAGCCUCGACGCGCUCGACUACUUCAACGACCUGAUCGACAUGGAGGCCGAGACGCGCCUCGACAACGCGGCCCGGGCGCAGCGAGCCGGGCUCGGCGGCGGCGGCGUCAGCGACGCGCGCAUGAUUCCCCCGAUCAAGAUCGUCGCCGGCAACAAGUGCGACCUGCAAGAGUCGCGACAGGUGCCCGCGGCCGCGGGACUCGAGUGGGCGCGACGGCGCGGGUGCGGCUUCAUGGAGACGAGCGCGCGGCUCGAGGUCAACAUCGAGGAGACGUUCGCGCUCAUCGUGCGGCGUGUCAUCGAGGGGCGCCGACUCGCCGCCAUGGGCGUGCUCGACAACACCGAGAUGGACCGCCGCGGCGUCACAAAGCCGCUGACUCCUCUGGGCAACAGCAGCGUCGACGACGGCGGCGAAGGCGGCGGCAACGAGAAGGCGAGUCGCGCCGGCGGCCUCGGGAGGGGACCGCGACUCGGCGACGGCCAGAGGUUAGGUCCGUUUGGAGGCAGGGGUAAGGACGGGUUCUGGAGGAGUUUAAGGUGUUGGUAAGGUUAGGGUCGGGACUGAAUCGGGGAAAGGGGGCGCGGAAGGGGCGGUAAAGGACGACGCGAUGAGGCUUUUCCUUUACAUGAUAUCACCUCGAUGUCGUCCCGAGGCGGUCGGAGUUUUU